GAGGAGAGGGCUUGCAGCUGCAGCGCGAGUCGUGGCCCUCACGUCGUCUCCACUCCCCUCCCUCCCUCUUCUUCUUCCUCCCCCUCCCUGGUCGCCUCCUCCUGCAGAGAAUUUAAAACCUCCUUAUCCUCUCUGGCGCGCUGCUGCCAUUGCUAGCUGCUGGAUCCAACCAUUCAUUCCUCCCUGGUCUCUUUGUAUCUCUCUCUCUCUUUUUGGAGCCUUGCGCCGCGUUCCUUUCCCCCUGUCACAGCCCGCUUCGACGUUUCUCUAGCAGCGCCUUGUGCUUUGCCCUCUCUCCUUUUGGUGCAUCGAGCUCUCGGUACCCGUGCCGUGCCACUCCCCCUCGUCUUUUGCCACGCUCUCCUCUUUUUGUCUCCACGUUCUUGGCCGGCCGCCCGUUGAACGAGCCCAUUGUGGUGGGAGCUGCAGCGCACGAGGGACGGUGAGGAUGUCGUCGGCGGUGGAAGCGGCUAUUCCCUGCUCUAAGGUCGUCGACAUCGCGCCGGCCGGGCCAGAGGAGGUGAAGGAGCGCGCGGUGGUGCUGGAGCACGGCAACGGCGACUGUGCCGCCGCCGCGACGAACGGGAAGAAGUGCGCCGAGGCGGCGUCGCAUUGCCGCAAGGCUGAGGAGGAUGACGACGAGGAGGACGGGGAGAAGGUCCCCGAGCACAUCGACCUCGGCCCCAUCCUCAGCAUCAAGGACCAGCUCGAGAAGGACAAGGAUGACGAGAGCCUGAGGAGGUGGAAGGAGCAGCUCCUCGGCAGCGUGGAUUUGAACUCCGUCGGAGAGACGCUGGAGCCGGACGUGAAGAUCAUGAGCCUGUCCAUCCAGUCCCCGGGGCGGCCGGACAUCGUCCUGCCGCUGCCGGUGGAGCCCAACAGCAAGGGCGUGUGGUUCACGCUCAAGGAGGGCUCCAUGUACAAGCUCAAGUUCACCUUCUCCGUCAGCAACAACAUCGUCUCCGGCCUCCGCUACACCAACCGCGUCUGGAAGACCGGCAUCAAAGUGGACAGCACCAAGGAGAUGCUCGGCACGUUCAGCCCCCAGCCGGAGGAGUACACCUACGUCACGCCGGAGGAGACCACGCCGUCGGGGAUGUUUGCACGGGGAUCAUACUCUGCUAGGACUAAGUUCCUCGACGACGACCGGAAGUGCUACCUGCAGAUCGACUACACCUUCGACAUACGCCGGGACUGGCCGUCAUCGAGCUGAGCCUUGCCGCGGACCAGCUCCUGGCCGGCCUGCCUGGGCUACAGUUACCCGUUGAAGCAGAGAGUCUUUGGUUCCAUUUAAGUUUCACCUCCAUUUUUCUUUCCGUUUUGCCCCUAGGGUUCUUAUCUCUUGUGCGUGCGUGUGUAUAUUGCCACUCUGUUCGGCCGUUAACUUGUCAGGACAGUGAAUCCGUCCGUGUCACUGCGUUGUGAGCUCUAUCAGGGUCCGGCUUUCGAUCGAACUGUAUGUGGGUUCAUGCAUGUCAUGCACCAGAGCAAUGCAGCUGGAAAAAGGAUAUCUGUCA